AUGAGCAAUACCGAUUUCUUGGGACGGGCGAUUGACACCGUCAAGAAGGCCAUCGAGAACGACAAUGAGGGAGAGUACGAGAAAGCUUAUCAAGGCUACUACUCCGCACUGGAGUUGUUCAUGCUCGCCUUGAAAUGGGAGAAGAACCCCAAGUCCAAGGAAAUGAUCCGCGCAAAGGCGGGCGAAUAUAUGGACCGUGCAGAAAAGCUCAAGAACCACCUGGCCCAGUCUGAUCGAAAAAAACCGAGUGCUGUAGGCGCGAAUGGCGGGAAGGUGGCGCAAGGAAGUGGGAAAGGCGGGUAUGUAAAAGAGGAUGAUGACAAUGAAGACGCCGAUUCCAAGAAACUACGAUCAGCCCUUGCUGGAGCAAUCCUAUCGGACAAACCCAACGUGAAAUGGGAGGACGUUGCUGGUCUCGAGAGCGCAAAAGAAUCUCUCAAGGAAGCCGUGAUCCUUCCUAUAAAAUUCCCACACCUAUUCACUGGCAAGCGGCAACCAUGGAAGGGCAUUUUGCUCUACGGCCCUCCAGGUACCGGAAAGUCGUAUCUUGCCAAGGCCGUUGCGACAGAGGCGAACAGCACAUUCUUUAGUGUCAGUAGCAGUGACCUAGUAUCGAAAUGGAUGGGUGAGAGUGAAAGACUCGUAAAACAGCUCUUCAACAUGGCCCGAGAAAACAAGCCUGCAAUUAUUUUCAUCGAUGAAGUUGAUGCCCUUUGUGGACCCCGUGGCGAAGGUGAAUCGGAAGCAUCUCGCCGCAUCAAAACCGAACUGCUGGUACAGAUGGACGGUGUAGGCAAGGACUCGAAGGGUGUUUUGAUUCUGGGUGCAACCAACAUUCCUUGGCAACUCGAUGCAGCCAUUCGACGCCGAUUCCAACGGAGAGUCCAUAUUAGUCUUCCCGACAUCAACGCACGGAUGAGGAUGUUCAUGCUGGCCGUGGGCCAAACACCGUGCGAGAUGGCGCAAGGUGAUUUCCGGACUUUGGCAGAGAUGAGUGAGGGCUACUCUGGAAGUGAUAUUAGCAUUGCCGUGCAAGAUGCACUCAUGCAACCAAUCCGCAAGAUUCAAACGGCAACACACUACAAGAAGGUUAUCUUUGAAGGCGCAGAGAAACUCACCCCGUGCUCACCAGGUGACGCAGGCGCAACAGAGAUGAGCUGGGUCAACGUUGAAGCAGAUCAACUUCUUGAACCACCUCUUGUUCUCAAAGACUUCAUCAAGGCCGUUCACAAUUCCAGACCGACAGUCAGCCAGGAAGACCUCAAGAGAAACUCGGAGUGGACCCAGGAAUUCGGCAGCGAAGGAGCUUGA